AUUUUAAAGCUCGUGCUCGCACGCGCACUAAAGGCGGGAUCAUGAAUUCUCAAACCGCUCUUGUUUUCUUCAUCUCAUAAACACACUUUUUUCCAUUGGAAAAUCAAAGGGUGUUGGUAAGUCAGUAACCGAGAAUCAAUAACUCCUCAUAAUUCUCUCCCCUCUCGAUCGCACAUCUAGGGUUUUCAAUUCUCAUUUAUCCAUCGAGUCAAUGGACGAGUCUCCGUCGCAGCUCGUCUCGGAAAUCGGCACUGAACUCGCCCGACUCGCUCGCCCCAACAAAGACUUCCUUGUCAAAUGGCUCCGACAAGCUGCAACUGCUUUAUCACAAAUUGAGCAGCCUUCAUCAUCUGUAGCUUCUAAAAAGAUGGAAGUUAUGAAGAAGCUAGAAACUGCCAUAAAGCCACUAAGCAAAUCAAUUAUUAAGCAUGGCCUUCUUCGACAUAGUGACAAAGAUGUUAAACUUUUGGUGGCCAUUUGUGUCAGUGAAAUUUUCAGGAUCCUAGCACCUGAACCACCUUUUGAAGACAAAUUUCUCAGGGAUGUUUUUAAACUUAUUCUCAGUAUGUUUGCGGAGCUUGGUGAUACAACAAGCCCAUACUUCUCAAGGAGGGUUAAAAUUUUGGAGACUGUUGCACGAUGUAAAUGUUCUGUGAUAAUGCUGGAUAUUGACUGCAAUGAUCUAGUUAUUGAAAUGUUCAACAUUUUUUUCUCUGUUGUGAGGGAAAAUCAUCAGAGGAGUUUGAUAAAUGAUAUUAUGUCUAUAAUGACACAUAUUUUAAAUGAGGAGGCUUCUAAGCCACUUUCUGAUGUGAUUUUGCGGAAUCUUGUGAAGGAAGGAACGGCUGCAUCCCCUGCUGCUUCUACGCUUGCUGUUUCUAUCAUUGAAAGUUGUGCAGAAAAGCUUGAGCCCUUUAUUUGUGGGUUCUUAACGUCUUGUUCUUUGGAUAGGGAUGCUGUUGAGAGUGAGCUCAAGGAAUUUUACCAUGAAAUCCUGUUUAAAGUUUUCCAGUGUGCUCCUCAGAUGCUUCUUGCAGUCAUCCCUAACUUGGCCCAAGAAUUAGUGACUGAUCAGGUUGAUGUUCGAAUAAAAGCUGUUAAUUUAAUUGGAAAGCUCUUUGCCCUACCUGACCACCAUGUUGCACAAAAGUAUCGCAAUCUUUUUAUAGAGUUCAAAAAUAGAUUCUCGGAUAAAUCUGUGGAAGUUAGACUCAGUGCUCUACAGUGUGCUAAAGCUUGCUACAUGGCCAAUCCAUCCGGGAAAGAAUCAUCUCAACUUCUCUCUGCCCUUGAAGGUCGAUUUCUGGAUUUUGAUGAGAGAGUGAGAACACUGGCAGUGGUUGUUGUCUGCGAUCUUGCCAGGUUCAACCCGAAAAGUAUUCCCCCUGAGUUAAUAUCAAAAGCUGCUGAAAGACUACGGGAUAAGAAGGUAUCUGUUAGGAAGAAGGCUUUGCAGAAGUUGAUGGAGGUAUAUCAAGAUUAUUGUAACAAGUGUUCUGAAGGCUAUCUGAACAUAGGCAACCACUUUGAACAGAUUCCUUGUAAAAUCCUAAUGCUUUGUUAUGAUAAAGAUUGUAAAGAGUUCAGGUCCCAAAACAUGGAGCUUAUUCUUGCUGAGGAUUUGUUUCCAAUUCAUCUUUCUGUUGAGGAUAGGACUAGGCAUUGGAUCCAUUUCUUUUCUCUUUUCACUCCUCUUCAUGUGAAAGCAUUGAACUCAAUUUUAUCUCAGAAACGAAGGUUGCAAACCGAAAUGCAAAGUUUUUUGGUUCUACGGAAGAAACAGAAGGACAACAGUUCUGAAGAAAUGCAGAAGAGAAUUAAAAAUUCCUUUCUGAAAAUGUCUGCUUCAUUUCCAGAUCCUUUGAAAGCAGAAGAGUGCUUUCAUAAAUUGAAUCAGAUGAAGGACAAUAAUAUUUUUAGUGCAUUGGAGCAAUUGCUGGUUGAAAGUACCUUUAGAAAUGCCAAGAAAAUGAGGGAUAAAUUUCUCAAAAUGAUAGGAGAUAAACACCCACAUUUUGAAUUUCUUCAGUUACUGUCGUCAAAAUGCUCAUUCAAUGUAUUCAGCUCAGAGCAUGUUCGUUGUAUUUUGGAUCAGCUUUCCAGUAAUAUAUAUGGUUAUGGAAACCUGGAGGCUUCUUCUGCGAAACUGCUUUUGGCUUUCAUCAACAUUUUCCCUUCACUUUUAAGAGGUUCUGAAGAGCAGUUUCGAAUGUUGUUAGAGGAGAAGCAUCCAAUUAAGGAUUUGCUUAUUGAAGUGUUAGCAAAAGCAGCUCCUCAUAUAUCGGUCGAAUUUAGUGAAUUUUACCCUUUCUUGGAGAGAGUGUGUUUGGAGGGAACUCGGACUCAGUCCAAGCAUGCUGUUUCUGCAAUUGCUUCAUUGAUCACCUCUUCUGAGCAUUUUGUUUUCUCAAAACUAUGCAAGGAACUUGUAGAUUCUCUACAUAGAGGGUGGAAUACUCCAACCAUUUUGCAGUCCUUGGGCUGUAUUGCUCAACACUCUGUGACAUCAUUUGAAGCUCAAUAUGGAGAGAUCAGAUCAUAUAUAGUCGAGAGAAUUUUUCAAGUGGAACAAUCUGAUGAUCUGACUGCAUUUGAUGGGACUUCUGAGUGUUGUCAUUCUUGCAAACUCAAGAUAUGUGGGCUGAAAACACUUGUCAGGAGUUUUUUGCCACAUCGAGGAUCUCAUGUCAAUCUUCAAAUUGAUGAAUUGUUGCAUAUUUUAUUAAAUUUGCUGCAAAGGGGUGAUGCUUUUGAUGGAAUCAUCUCAUGUGCAAGUGACAAAACUCAUAUCAGAUUAGCUGCUGCAAAAUCUGUUCUCCGACUUUCCAGAAGAUGGGAUUUACAUGUGUCUCCAAAAAUUUUUUGCUUGACAAUUUUGAUGGCAAGGGACUCAUAUUCUUCAGUUAGGAGAAAAUUCCUUAAUAAAACACACAAGCUUUUAAAGGAGCAUGCCAUACCAAGUAGAUAUGCAUGUGCUUUUCCAUUGGCUGCAUUCGAUUGCUGUAAGGAUCUGCAGGAUGCUUCAUCUAAAUACAUGGAAGAAUUUAUCAAAGAAUACAGUAUAGAAGCUCGAAAUCACCAAACCUCUGCAGUGCAAGGAGGAUCACUUACAGAUUGUCCGGCAUACAUAGUUGUAUUCUUGAUCCAUAUUCUUGCUCAUGAUUCUGGCUUUCCAGCUGAAGACUGUCAGGAUGAACAAGUGUAUGCUGAUUUUGUUAGUCCACUAUUUUGGGUUGUACGAGCAUUGGUAAAUUCCAAUAUUGUUAACGGUGAUAUGGACAUUGUUAAUGAUGCUGUCUUGUAUUUGCUAAGUAUUUUUCGUGCUAUUAAAAGAGCUGAAGAUGCCAUUGAUGCUACAAGAACUCCUAAGCUGCAAAUUCUGGCAGAGAUUGGGAUAUCCUCUGUAAAUGCAUUAAAUUAUAAUGGCAUUUCAACAUCACGUGCCCCUGGGCUAAUUUUGCUGCCAUCAUCUUUGUAUAGAAUAUGUUCAGAUAAGAAGUCUAAUGAGUUCCCUGUUGAUGAGAAUUUUAUCAAGAGAGUCAUUCAGAGUCUCAAAUCUCAAUUCUCUAUGGUGGUUAGCUGCCUUCCAAAACGCGGUAAAAAGUGUCAAGAGGAUGGAAUACAGUCUGGUGAUGCUAAGUAUAACACACUGAACUUGGCAACUCAUGAUCAAGCUAUGUUAUUAGGAAUUGAGGCAACAGAAAUGCAAGGACCUUCAAGUCAGGAUAUCAAUUUGGGACAUAGACAAAGAUGUGCUGCAUCUAAAUCAGCUGGACUUCACAUUGAGGUGUGCAAAAAUAAUGUGCCUAUGAGCUCUAAAUCCACUAAGGAGAAACAAAUGUCUUCAUCCUGUGAUUCUGCAACCAUUAAACCUUCUCUGAGCCAAUCACAUGAGAGCGAGGCAUUAAUUGGAAAGCGCAUCAAAUUAUUAUCUCCUGUUGAUAAAUGUUUUUAUUCAGGUACAGUGGUUGGUUUUAAUCCUUGCAACAAGACUCACAAGAUCUCAUAUGAUGGUGGUGAUGUUGAAUUACUUUGCUUAGAUAGUGAAAGCUGGGAGACUAUUUGUGAUGAUUCCCCCGAGGAUAAGGAGAUGACAUUGGCAGAUGAGUCAAACGCAUUCCAUUCAAGUGAUUGUGAUCUCGUUGGGUGCUCAUCUCUUGGGGGUCAGAGAGAAACUGUGAAUGCAUUCGGAGAUUGUGCCAGCACACAGUCAAAGAACUUCGCAAACAAGGAAAAUGAAAAGUUUUGUAAUGGAAUGACUUCUUUUCCUGAUAAGGGAAAGAAGGGACAGAAAAAGGGACACAAGAUUUUCUUGGAGAAAUCAGCAUCAGAAGUUGUUAAUGUAAAGGGAGAUGCUUUUGUCAGAAGAACGCGGCGACGGAAAGUAUAAAUGGUCUCUAAUACCAUGGCAUCCCCACUUAUGAGAGUUGGAACUCAAAUCUGCAUUUUAAGGUUGGUUCUCCUGUAAGCUUAGACCUAUAACUACACGGGUGAAUUACUGAGUGACAUGUUUCCAUUGCAAAUUACCAAAAUUUUCAUCUCUGGCAUUCUGUAAAUAAUUUCUCGUAUGUAAUUUUGAUUAUAUUCCCUACAGAUAGAAAGAAUCGCAGUGCAUAAUUAAACCUUUCUUGGCAAGAAAGUCUUGUCUUAGAUGACACUGUUUCAGUGUUAAUCACUUAAUUGGGUUUGCGUAGUUCACAUUUGUUUAUAACAACCAUUUCCUGCUAAGAAAAUCUGUGUCUAAUGCAAUAGCAAAGUUACAUUUUGAUUA